CAUGUCUCAUAUCUCCAUGGCCUCUGAAGAUCUAUCAGAGAUCUUCAUCAACAACGACAACACAAUCUCAAACACUUCUAUUGCACCAUUUCUCUACUUAACCCUAAUAAUCUCCCUCACAAUAUUCCUCUUCAUAUCAAAACAUAUUUCAAGUCACAAAGUUUUCUUGCUAGAUUUCACAUGUUACAAGCCCCCAACCACCCAAAAAUGCACCAAAGAGACUAUGAUAGAGCGUUCAAGGCUCUACGGGAACUUCUCGGAGACUACCCUAGGGUUCAUGCACAAAAUGCUGGAAAGAUCAGGGUUAGGUCAGUCCACGUACUUUCCGGAGUCACUGCUAAGGGAACCACCGUGCAUGGGCUUGGAAGACGCCCGGAGAGAGGCGGAGAUGGUCAUGUUUGGGGCGGUUGAUGAUUUGUUGGCCAAGACUGGUGUCAAGUGUGAGGAGAUUGGGAUUGUUAUUGUGAGCUGCUGUAUUUUCAAUGUGACACCGUCUCUUUGCGACAUGUUAGUGAACAAAUAUAAGCUUGGAGAGAAUGUUCGGAGCUAUGCGCUUAGUGGGAUGGGGUGUAGUGCUGGACUCAUCGCUAUUGGGCUUGCCAAACACCUACUUCAGGUACACAAAAACUCAUAUGCUCUAGUAGUAAGCACGGAGAGCAUUACACAGAACUGGUACAAGGGUGAUGAUCCAUCCAAGCUCAUCGUCAAUUGUUUAUUCCGUGUGGGUGGGGCCGCUAUGCUCCUCUCAAAUCGACCGUCCGAUCGUAUCAUUUCCAAGUAUCAGCUCAUCCACACCGUUCAUAACAACACUGCCAGUUUUGGCCCUUCCUACGAGUGCAUUUUCCGAGAGGAAGACCACCUAGGUCGAGCUGGCGUCACCAUCACCAAAAAUCUCAUGGCUGCGGCCAUCAAGACCAUUGAAGCAAACCUCGCUACACUUGGCCGCCUGAUCCUUCCCGUAUCGGAACAAAUCCUAUACUUCUACCACCACGUGGCAAAGAUCAAACCGUACGUGCCUGAUUUCAAGAAGGCCAUCGACCACGUGAUCAUCCACGUGGGAGGGAAACCAGUCCUAGACGAAGUGGAGAGCAGCUUGAGGCUUAAUGAGGUUGAUAUGGAAGCUUCAAGAAUGACCUUAUACAGGUUUGGUAACACUUCGAGCAGUACAGUGUGGUAUGAACUAGCAUACGUGGAGGCCAAAGAGAGGAUCAAGAAAGGUGAUCGUGUGUGGCAGAUUGCAUUUGGGUCUGGGUUUAAGUGCAGCAGUGUGAUCUGGAAAGCUCUGAGAACCGUUGAUGUUGAGGAAAAGAAUCCAUGGAGUGAGGAGAUUGAUGGGUUUCCUGUGGACCUUAAGAACAUUGGAUCCUUUCCUUACUAUUUUGAACCGUCCAAAAAAGCAGAUGUGAUUGGGAUUUAAUGGUAGGAUGUGUUAUGUAAUGAAGCCAGGAGGAGUUUCAUGUGGUUUGGUCAACCAACUAAACAUUUAUCUUGAGUUGUCUACUAAUUUACCUCAGU